AUGUAUAAAAAUGACGAGAAAUCACCACUCAUCAACAUCUCACUCACUCUACUUCCUCUCUCCGAUUCAAAGCACAAAGAGGGUGAAUAUCGGUUUAAAAUGUCAAGAGGAAGCUAUUUGAGGCUAGGGAUCAAAUUACUUUCAAAACAUUCGAGUUUGGCAGCGAUCUGGGGUACAUUCUGUUUCUCAAAUCCAUUAGCAAUUCAACAUCCUCCAAUUGACAUGUCCUCCAAUCAAAAUGCUUCUGCAUCAAUCGGUUUAAUAGAACAAAAAUGCAAGAUCAGAAAGCUUGAGGAUACAAGGAACCGAACUCUUAAUGGCAUAUUGCAUGUUCAAAGCUGCUUUAGAGGUCACAAAGCUCGUCAAUAUUUGAAGGAACUUAAACGAGGAAUUUUCACUCUUCAGUCAUAUGUUCGUGGUGAAAAAACCAGAAAGGAGUUUGGGGUAUUGCUACAAAGACAUAGGGCGGCUGUUGUUAUACAGAAACAGAUUAAAUCAAAAGUAAGCAAGAAAAGAUUUGAAGACAUUCAUGGCGCUACUGUUGUGUUACAAGCUGUUAUACGAGGGUGGUUGGUUAGAAGAAGCUCAGGGGAUAUUGCACUACUUCAAUUUGGUUCUGGAAAGGGCAACGAAUCAGAUGAAGUGGUGGUGAAGUCAUCAUAUCUUGCUGAGUUACAAAGAAGAAUCCUCAAAGCAGAAGCCGGAUUAAGAGAAAAAGAAGAAGAAAACGAUAUUCUAUACCAACGUCUGCAACAAUACGAAAGCAGGUGGUAG